AUGACAACAGGAAUUAUCCCGUGGAAUGCCACACCAGGCAAGGCCUGUGGAUCAACGCUAGGUGACAUCUGCAACACCAAUGAGUUCUACCUGUCUUAUCACCUGUACAUCGUAGCGUGCGCCGGGGCAGGAGCCACUGUCAUCGCUCUGAUCCACUUCCUCAUGAUUCUCUCAGCAAACUGGGCCUACCUUAAGGAUGCCAGUCAUAUGCAUGCCUACCAAGACAUCAAAAUGAAGGAAGAGCGGGAGCUGCAGGACAUCACCUCACGCUCAAAGGAAUGCCUCAAUUCCUACACAUAAGGAUAUUUCAAGCUUACAAUCCACACGCACACAUACAUAAGCACACAUACUUACAAUAACAGACACUGUGGCCAACCACUGUGGGCCCUCUGGACCAAGGCGACUCUCAGCUAAAAUAACAUGCCAACUGACACUGUGCAGUACUAACCAGGCUCCUAACAGACUAAUGCAUCAGUGUUGCUUUCUGCACUAAUUGUUUCACAACUGCUCUGUGAAGUUUCAUUCAUGCUAAUUUUUAUUUUUCAUUUUCUGUAGGGAAGAGUGAUCUGAGUUCUGAUGUUCGUGUGUUUUUAUAACCUUUGUUGUAUUUUUUGCUGGUGAAGCUUGUGACAUUGCACUAUUCCUACACAGCACACCAGUGUUUCACAGUCUUGCUCGAUCCUUCUUUAGUUUUCAGCUAAGGAAGAUGAAACAUUUUGGUUUUUGUUCUGUUUUGCAGAUGUAUUAUACAAAUGAACAGCCUUACAUCCAGAGUUGUGCAUCACACCAUACUGACCUUUUUAGGGAAAGUAAACCAGAUUCUUUUAUAAAAUAGUUGGUAAUACAUGCACUAUAAAUCUAUAAUCCUUGAUGAUUAUGAAUUUACUUGCAUUUCCAUCUCAGUUGGUGAUUGUCUGAAUGUUGUUCAUUAGUUAUGGAUUUUUCCUGUACAGCUACUUAAGUCAUGGCCUACAUUACCUCUACCUCAGGUGAGCACUAGAGCCUAUGGACAAACAAUUCCCAUUGCAAGGUGUAAAAUAAACCAAUUCCAGUUGUAAAAAGAUGUCUCAAAGAUAUAGUAGAUAGGUUUGUGUAGCUACACCCCCACACAUGCACAACAGUUCAACUGAUUCACAGUACUAUAGACUUUGGAUAAUGCUACAAGAAAAACUUACUCUGACCUGUACGUAUUCAUUUAGGCACAUAGGAGGGAAAAAACUAAAACAUCAGUAAUUGCCAAUGAAGAGUUGUGAUGGCUAAUAAUAUAGCAGUGAUUAUCUGCAACAUGCACAAUAUGAUCAAAAAUGACUUGAUUUAACAGAAAUCCUAUUAAUAAGCAUAACUAUGUCACAUGUGUUUGUUACAAUUUGAAAACAGAACUGAAGAAGUUCAGUUAAAUUUAUUACAGGUCAAAUUUUUUCAUUUCUUCUUACCUUUUUUCACAAUUUUCUAUAAUUGUAUAUUAAUGUGCAAUUUUCACAAUGUUAAAAUAACAACUUGUAAUCUUUAUUAGCUGAGUUACAGGGAUAAUUCGAGAUGUUACUUUGUUGUAUAAAGACGACCACUUCUGUGGUGACCUGUGAUGUACAGUUAUGUACACUGACUUCAGUAGUUGGCAGUGUUUGCCCAUUUCCUGUUUUUCUAACAGAAUAUAAAGCUAUGUAGCACAUUAGUUAUAGAUCUUUUUUUUUUAGGUUCUUUUAAUCACUUGAGAAGUAUACUUUGUUUUGUUGCCUGAUAGUAUGCCUGUAUUUUCUAUGUAUGUCAAGGGCUUCCUCAUGAUUAACUGAUACUUAACUUUCCAACUGUCAAGCAACAAUUAGCCACAACAACAGUCCUUUAAACAGUUGUAUAAAAUUAUAAAUGGUAAAUUCAGCCAAAGUAUGAAUGCCAGUGUUAAACAGUAUCUGUUUGAUACAGUGGUACAGACCCUACAGUGCUUUAUGUAGGACUGGCAAUAGGUGUGGUCGAGCGGAUAGAUGACAGAUGUACAUGAAGGUAAUGUACGUCACAUCUUGUCUUUGUAUGUUGUGUUUCCUGUUAAAUGAACCAAAAAAGUAAAUACAAGGCUAUCUAUCAAUCACCAGGAGGACAGUAAUCAGUUAAAAGAAAACAAACAAAAACCAUCCUGUCUGACUGGAAACCCCUUUAUGAAACAACUUCACCGGCCUGUUGACUGUUUUUAUGAAAAUAAAUAAAAAUGUUUUUUAAAAACGUUCUUC